AUGAGCACUUCGAGGAGAGACGCGGCGCUCGCCGAGUUGCGAGCGCGCACGGCAGGCUUCGCUGGCCUGCCGCUCGCCUCUGCGUCCGACGUGAUCAGCAUGCAGCAGGGCGGCCGCGACGUGAUCCUCAUCGACGUGCGGUCGCCGCCGGAGCGCGCGGUGAGCACUCUGCCAGGCGCACUGGACCAGCACUCCUUUGCCGCCCUGGCGAGGGAGGAGCCGGAGCGUGUCGCCGCCGCCGUGCUAGUUCCGUUUUGCACCAUCGGCUUUCGCUCCGGCCUGUACUGCGAAUGGAUCAGAGGCGGCGGCCUCGGCAUGGCGGCGUCCUCCGAGCUCGACGUGCGAAACGGGGAGGGUGUGGUGCUGUGGAGCCACGACGUCGGCACGUUUGUGCAGGAUGGUGCGCCAGUGAGGUCGCUGCACGUGUAUGGGAGCGCGUGGGACUUGGCGGCAGACGGGUUCGACACGGUGACGUUUGGACCUGCGGGCCAUCUCAGCGCGGCGCUGCGCGUCGCGUGGCAGUGGUUUGGUAGUUGGCGGUGA